GAAUUUCCCACACUUUCAGAAAUACGAGACGAGAUUCAAGACUUCGAACAGGAUUAUGCGGGAAGACAUCCCGAUGAGCCAUUAUCGGGAAGGAUCAUCCACGUAAGUCAUUUCAUCCCAUUCGUGAUCAGAGCGCUGGCAGAAGUAGAAUUUGAAAAGAAGCGGGAAGCCAAAGUGACCGCAACGGCAACCGUUGCGGCAAUGGCAGCAGCUGCAAGGGCGAAGAAAGCAGCUAAAUUAGCCGGUGAAAUGACCGUUGGACAAGACGGUAGCGGCCAACAUGGCCCACGCAAAGGCUCUUUCUUGGAAGGGAUGAGCGAGACUACAGAUAUGGACAAACGACUUGCCGAGAAUCAAGCGCGAGCCAAAAUACGAGCAGGCAGAAAGGCGUGGAUGAUGACACCGAUGCUUCAAACAGACGAGAAUGCCAUUGAUGAGAACGAGGAGCUGGAGAUUAAUGAUCGCUUCACACCUGUUGGCUCUCGCCGUGGUUCAGUAUGGACGGAAGCCUCGAAUAUGGCGAACGAGACAGAGAUACGCUAUAGCGCUGUAUCUGAUGAGAAUUCCCCAUUGCGGACCCCACCUGCGAUAAAGAAGAUCGAUUCUCCGCCUCCACCGCCUCCUCAAUGGGUAUUAACACCACGUCGUGGACAUACUGCUUUGAACAGUGGUAUUCGCAGCCUAUGUGCUACGCACAAACAAACAUACAUCGGAUGGCCCGGAGAUAUCCACUUUGCAGCCCAGGCCAAGAAUGAUGAGCGAAAAAGUGCAUCACAAACAACACAGGAUGAACGCGCUCAAAUUGAACGAAUUUUAGCAAGCUUAGAUAACCCCAAGAAUUGGGCAGCUCAAGAGAUUGGUGGGACAGCAAGUCACGAUAAAGGAGAUCAAUCAACCCGUGUUCCUUCACCACGGAUGAAUGGUGCUGAGCCGAUUGAGAUCGAUGCGGGAACACACAAGAAACGUAAAAGUGGGAACGAGGCACAAUUUGGCAUAAAAUACGUUCCCGUCUGGCUUGAUGAUGAUAUUGCUCAUGGUCAUUAUGAAGGCUAUUGCAAAACCACUCUCUGGCCAUUGUUCCAUUAUCUUCUAUGGCAAGAUGUUUCUGGAGAUCGAAGAGAGUGGGACACGUUUACCUGGGACGCAUACGUUGCAGCCAAUGAAGCAUAUGCAAAGAGAAUCGCAGAGCAAUACCGACCAGGAGAUUUGGUUUGGGUGCACGACUACCACUUGUUGCUCGUUCCACAAAUGUUGCGCAAGCUGGUACCUGAUGCACAUAUCGGUCUCUUUGUUCAUGCACCUUUCCCAAGUAGUGAAAUCUUCCGUUGCUUGCCAAGACGCCGUGAGAUUAUUGAAGGCAUGUUGGGAGCCGAUUUGGCAUGCUUCCAAGCAUUUUCUUACUCAAGACACUUUUUAUCCUCUUGCAUUCGCGUAUGCGGAUUCGAAGCGUCAUCGAACAGUGUUGAAUCGUAUAAUGGUCACGUUACAAAUGUGUCCUAUAAUCCGAUCGGUAUUGAUGCUGAAAAGAUUGCCAAAGAUUCUGCUGCACCGGGCGUUGCGCCAAAGAUUAAAGCAAUUCGGGAGAUGUAUAAAGGCAAGAAGAUCAUCAUUGGUCGGGAUAAAUUGGACGUUGUACGUGGUGUGAUUCAAAAGCUGCAAGCAUUCCACAAGCUGUUGGAAGAGUUCCCACAAUGGCGAGACAAUGUUGUCUUGAUCCAAGUUACUGCACCAAGUAUGAAUGAUAAUCCAAUGCUUGAGCGACAAGUCUCCGAACUAGUUGCCCAUAUCAAUGGAGAAUUUGGCAGUUUGAGCUUCACACCUGUCCACCAUUACCAUCAAAUCAUUGAACGAGAUGAAUACUUUGCCCUGCUCAGUGUGGCAGAUUUGGCAAUUGUUAGUUCGUUGCGUGAUGGAAUGACGGCAAGUACGAUGGAGUUUAUUGUUGCGCAAAACAAUCAUGCAAAAGCGCCCCUUUUGCUCAGUGAAUUCUCUGGCAGUGCAGGUCGUUUGCGAUCAGCAAUUCAGAUCAAUCCAUGGGCAACGUUCAGCAGUGCCAAAGCAAUCCAUCAUGCUUUGAUCAUGUCCGAUCAAGAGAGGUUCAGAAGACAUGAAGAAUUGUACCGUCAAGUUGUCAUGCAUACUUCGCAUACGUGGGCCGCUACCUUGGUGAAACUUUUGGUCGGUCAAAUGCUUACCGAGCAAUCUGCUCAUUCUACCCCACCUUUGGACCGUAAACGGUUGGUAAAAGCACAUCAUGCUGCACGUAAGCGUUUGUUCUUGUUGGAUUACGAUGGUACAUUAACCCCAAUCGUACGCGAUCCCGAGACUGCUUUACCAUCUAAACAGUUGUUGGAUGCAAUCAAGACGCUAACAGAAGAUGAAAGGAACGUGUUCUACAUCAUUUCUGGCCGUGACGAACAAUUUUUGCAAAAGCACUUGGGUCAUUUUGAACGUAUAGGAUUCUCGGCUGAACAUGGAUCGUUCUUCAAAGAACCUGGCAAAAAGCAUUCUAUCAAUUUGACGAAGGAGUUGGAUAUGACCUGGAAGAAGGACGUGAUCGAGAUCUUCAACUACUACGUUGAACGAACAGCAGGAAGCUUUGUCGAAGAGAAAAAAGCUUCAGUUACGUGGCAUUACCGUAAUGCUGAUCCUGACUUUGGUUUAUUCCAAUGUCGCGAGUGUCAAAAUUUGUUGGAUAACUUGAUCGCACAACAAGACAUGCCUGUCGAAGUUUUGGUGGGUAAAAAGAACUUGGAAUGUCGUCCUUUGGCGGUGAACAAAGGAGAAAUUGUCAAGCGAAUCCUUUACAGCAACACCGAUGUAGAAUUCGUCUUUUGUGCCGGAGAUGAUCGAACGGAUGAAGAUAUGUUUCGUACAUUGAAACUGAUCGAAGCAAGUGGAUCGUCUGGCAAUGUCAGCGUUCCAUCAAGCGUUCACGGUAGUCCACAAAAUGAAAUUCAUGGAUCUCCACCCGUUUCAGCCACUUUGAUCAUGUCACCGCCAACGCCAUUGAAUUCUUCCACGCCAAUGGGAUCCCCAAAGCCUCUCGCACUGAAGCCAAAUGGUAUCUAUACAUGUGCAAUUGGACCGAGCAGCAAGAAGACGUUGGCCAAUUGGCAUGUUGAACAAGUACAACGAAUCAUUGACUCCUUGUCCGAAAUGGCCGAUCUGGCUGAUCCAGCAAAGGAUGCACCUUCCGAUUCU